AUGUCUAAAAACAAAUUUGUUGCACAAUAUUUUUGCGUUUGUGAUCAAUUUUACAGCCAGAAACGUCAAUUACGCAAACAUAUCAGGCUUUGCAAUUAUGCCCAAAACCCUGGUGGAAAAUGUUUUUUGCAGUAUCCAGUUUCUAAAUGUGAACUCAUUUAUAUAAAUGGUAAUCAAAACCCUAGUAACGUCCGGUCAACUGAAAGAUUCAAAUGUGGAUGUGAAAAGAGUUUUAUGUCUAAAGGCGGUUAUUACAGACAUAUAAAAAAGUGUCAACUACGUCCUAAACAACAGGUUGUAACUGGCAAAACUAAAUGUAAUGAACCUGGAUGUUUAUUGACGUUCAAGUACAUAAGAGACUUUCGACAACAUUUAAAUGAGAAGCACCAAAUACAAUUUGAUGUUGAGGACAAAAAAUUUGAUACAUAUUCUGACUUUUUAAAUUGGAAAGUUAAUUAUGAAUCAGAAACUUGCAGUUGCUUUUACCAUCGUAAAAAUUUAACACGCAGUGGGCGUAGAGUAGAAUAUUGGUAUUGCAACCGUUCAGGUAGUUACCAGAGUGCAUUACAAAGUCGAAGGCGAAAGUUAAAAUCUCAAGGAAUUCUUAAAAUAAAUAAUAAUUGUACAUCUUCAAUAACUCUAACUGUAAAUAAAAUUGAUGGAACUGUUCAAGCUGUUAUACACCAUACACAUUAUGGACAUGAAGCCGAACUUAUACACUUACGAAUCCCUAAAAGUGAUAAACAAGAAAUAGCUUCUAAAUUAUUACAAGGUGUCAAUAUUGAAGAUAUAUUGUCAUCAUUUAAAGAAGAUCGAUUAUCUAAGCAAACUGAACGAAAACAUUUAAUAAAACGAAGAGAUAUAUUAAACAUUUCAAAAAAGUAUAAUGUUAAUAUUAUAUUGCCCAAAGUGCAACCAUCAAAAAAUAAAACAAAUUAUGAACUGGUUCAAAAAGCAGUUGAACCUCCUGUUAUAGACUCGUUACCAAAUACGACAGAGUCUAACAAAAGACAUUUUAUUUCUUCUCAACUUGCAUUAUCUUGUGUAAGACAAAUUCAUGAAAAUAUUUGGAGAAUUUCUAUGGGAAAUGUUUUAGUUUCAACAGUUUCUUCCAACAGUUAUAAUCAAGAAGUUUAUUAUGUCACUAAAAAUGACGUGGUAUUAUGUUCUACUAAUUAUUGUGAUUCUUAUUGUAACUAUUGUAAUAUUUGCUACCAUGCAUACUCUUGUACUUGCUCAGACUUUUUAUCAAAAAAAAUUAUUUGCGAACAUGUUCAUUUAACUGAAAUAUUUCAAGCAAAUCCGGAGACUUCUCAAAAUGAAGAUCAUAGGGAAAGACAUGUAUAUGGAAAUGAAGAUCAUACAAAGUAUACUCAAAAUUACACAGAACCUCCUAAUUCACAAAAACCUAUUCAAAAUGGAAACCAAGAUCAUACAAAGUAUACUCAAAAAUGCACAGAACCUUCUAACUCACAACCUAUUAAAAAUGGAAAUCAAGAUCAUACAAAAUAUACUCGAAAUUACCCAGAAUCUUCUAUUUCACAACAAUCUAUUAAAAAUGUUAAAUUAUGCAAUCACUCAGAAAACAAUGACAUAUAUAAACUAAAUAUGAGAGCAGAAAACCUUAAAAAUGUAAAAACAAGAUUGAAAAAAUUGAUGAUGAAUACAUUACGAAAAAUUGAUGAAUGUAAUAACAGUGAUUUAUUAGAAAACUUGGAGAAACAAAUUACUAAUAUAUCAUGUAAUUUAGAAAGAGAAUUAUUAGAAAAUGCUACUAAAAAAAGAAAUGAAGUACAAAAUAUGUUACCAGAAAAAAAAUAUUGA